CCGUGGAGCAGCUGUGACAGGGUCCGUGCUCCCUUAGCCCCCCAUGGGAGCUCCUCAGGGCCGUCCAGGCCCCACGGUUGGGUGCAGAGGAGGCACGGAGCGGAACGACGGUCUGGGGAUGGAUGGUGGUGACGUCGAAGAGGCGGGACGCGGACAACCUGGCGAGGCCUGGUCCCGCUCGUCCGUCCUGCCCGUGGCGGUCCCCGAAGGAGCCCACACCGCUCGCCCAGGACCCGCCGCAGAUGGGACGCGGAGGCCGAGAGCCAAUUCCCUGGGGACCCCCUGCGGGCCCCCUCCAACCUCUCCCCCGCUCCAAUCCCAGCGCAGGAACAAAGGCGGGAGGUGGGAGCCGCGGGAGGUCAGCGGGGCGGGGCGGCCGCCGCCUCCAUAAAGCCCGGCGGCCCGCCUGGCGCGCACUCCUCUGCCUCCGUGCCUCGCUGGGAACAUGGGGCUGCCUGACAGAGCUGGGGACGCGGCGGAGCUGCGCAAGAGCCUGAAGCCGCUGCUGGAGAAGCGCCGGCGAGCGCGCAUCAACCAGAGCUUGAGCCAGCUGCAGGGGCUCCUGCUGCCGUUGCUGGGCCGGGAGAACUCGCGCUCCUCGAAGUUGGAAAAGGCAGACAUCCUGGAGAUGACCGUGCGUUUCCUGCAGGAGCUGCCGGCGUCCGCUGCUCCUGCCGCCGCGCCCGCUCCCGCCGACAGCUACCGGGAGGGCUACCGCGCCUGCCUGGCGCGCCUGGCCCGGGUGCUGCCCUCCUGCCGCGUCCUGGAGCCCGCCGUGAGCUCGCGUCUGUUGGAGCAUUUGCACCGGAGGGCAGCCGGCGCCACCCCAGACGGCGGGUACCCUGGAGACCCCGGGGAUCCGCCCUUUGCCGCCCCGCCGCCCGCGCCUCCGCCCUCGCCGCCCGCGCCAGCGCCCGCGCCUCCGCCCUCGCCGCCCGCGCCUCCUCGCGGCCCUGACUUCUGGCGGCCGUGGUAGCUUCCUGGCGGAUCCACGGCCCCUGCUGAGCACGGAGUACCUG